AUGGGACAGGAAUGUCAGAAAUGCAAGGCCUUCUCAGUUAAGGAAGAGUUUGACAUGAAGAACAUGGAUGAGGAUUUGGGAGAUGAGAGUCCUGAUGUGGAGUAAUCAUUUUUAGAUGAGGAGGAUGAAGCUAAAAAACAUAAUAGGCCACCGUGUUUGGAUUAUUAUAAGAGGGGGAAAAUGCUGGGGAAGGAGGAAUACUAUGAUUAAAAUGAUCCCAAACUGGCUGCUACGAUAGAGAACAAAGAAAUGGCUUUAACUGAAGAACAAAGGGGAGAAGAGAUUAUCUUGGAGGACGGGUCGAGAUAUCAGGGGAAUGUGGUUGAUGGGAAGGCAAAUGGCAAAGGAAAGUUAUGGUUAAAUAAUGGUGAUAUUUAUGAAGGAGACAUAAUCGACAAUGUCAUCUAGGGAAAUGGGGUCUAUUAUUAUAUAAGAGGCCCAAUUUACAGUGGAUAAUUUGUCAAUGGGAAAUCUGAUGGGAUGGGCAAGGAGAUGUGGCCAGAUGGAUCAAUUUAUGAGGGAUAGUUUAGGAAUGGCAAAAAGCAAGGUUAAGGAGUAUAUAAGUGGAGUUAAGGAUGCAUGUAUGAGGGAGAGUGGUUGGAGAAUAUGAUCCACGGUUAUGGGAGAUACGAAUGGUCAGAUGGUAGGUGUUAUUAGGGGAAUUGGAAUAGGAAUCAGAUGCAUGGGAGAGGCAAGUAUUCGUGGACCGAUGGAAAAUACUACGAUGGGGAGUAUGAAUAUGAUAAGAAGUGUGGGUUUGGUUUUUUCGUAUGGGCUGAUGGCAAACAGUAUUAGGGCUAUUGGUUCGAUGGUAAAUAACAUGGCAAAGGAGUGAUGAUCAAUAAGGAUGGGAAGAAGAAAUUCGGAGAAUGGGUCAAUGGAAAGUUGAUUAGUUGUAGUGAUGAAACCAAUGUGCAGAUUAUCCCUGAGGGUUGGAAUAAUAAGGCUUGA